AUGGCGCGGCUGCCGUGGUGUAUGGUCUUGGUUGCCAUCGUGGCCUGGCUGCUCGUCCCGAGCUACGCACAAAACACAGGCAACGAGGCAGCACUCGAGCUCACGGCUCGCACAGAUCAGUUUUUCCGCUUUGAACUGGGGGAUGACUUGGGGCUGGACGAGCCAUUGGCUUUGCCGACCUGGGUACAGUUGCGCGAGGUUGGCCAACCAAAUGCGCCAAACUUUUUCAAUCUGACCACGUCGCCCCAGCUGACGUUGUUCGGACGAGCGCCAAGCAAGGCUGUCGUGCUGGAGCUUGAACUCCGGGUCAUCACCCCGGCCCUGGAUCAAACCUUUCCCAUCCGCUUCAACGUCUCAACCGCAGACAUUGAAUACGCCACCGCGGUUACUUUUGAAAUCUUCAACUACAACGCUUCACAGCUCAUUGGACGCACGAGUCUGAGUCAAACGCUGACCCAGGUGUUCCUGGCAGCAGCGGCACAACUCGCUGCGCCGCAGGGAUCGCGGGCCAUCCGCUUGAGCAACAUUGUACCGGGACCGGAACCCCGCAAUGUGCCUCCCACAGACUAUAACCCUCCCAUCUUUCCAAAUGCCUACCUCAGCUCUUCGGCCGUCCUGCGUGUGCUCGUGGUCGAGUCGACAACCUGUGCAGAGUGGGCUGACCUGGUCGCUGAGCUCUUCACCUUGGCUGGUUUUGACACCAAUCUACCCAACAAUUGCUCCACGACCACCCCGGAAGCAGGCCUCGCUGAAACCGUGUCAAGCAUCGCCGAAGCCGUGGUUUAUGACUGGCACCGCAGCCGGGAAGACUUUGACGAACAUGUCGUGCCCUUUGUGGUGCUUGCGGCCUUGAUUCUCCUGACGGCCCUCAUUGUUACCCUCGUACAUUACUGCCAAAAGUCGGACACUGAGGAGCGCAUUCUUCAGCGGUAUGGUGGCCAUGGCUGCGUGGUGACCGCAUCCCUUGUGUCACUGCUUGGGUAA